UGUUAAAAAAAAAUAAUCGUCUGGAAUAUCUUCAGUGAUCAAACUCGUACAUUAGUUUAAAACUGUGACUUCAGCGUUCGACAUGCGUUGUGCGUUAGUUCUAGUUGCAACCGUUUUGGUCGUAUCUACCAUAGGAGCACGUGUUCUUGAUGAUAAAGGGGACAUCUUCACUUCUGUGAAAAGAGCCCCGGCGUCUACAGAGUUCGAUGUCCUUGACCUGCUGUUUAAGUACGGGGACGAGGACGAGUCUGACAGCCUGGAGUACUCCGAGGUCAUGGAGUUGUUUUGUGGACGGAUUUUUUCCGUUAAUAUAAAUGACAUCAUAGCGUCCAUCAUGAAACAAGAUAAGGACGGAAACAACAGCAUUGGCCGGGAUGAAUGGAGGUCCAUUUCUUUCACCAAAGAAGAACAAAAGACCUUUGACCGUUCUCCCUAUAUCACCAUUUUGGCUUAAUGGCCACUGUCUGGAAUUUCCUAAAUAAAAUAAUUCAAGCAAAACAUUUGUAUUCACAUCACCG